UCGCCGAGUGCUGGGCACUAAGAGGCCUGCGUCUGCCUUAAAUUCUGAACCUGCCUUGGACCUCACGGGACAGAGCUCCUCUAAGGUCGCACACUCUGCGCCCAAGCGCCGAGAUGCUGUUCACCCUCCGGCCGCGCGGGGGCGCCUUAGAAAUCCCGCGCAGUGCGCGCGAGCGGCGGGAGCAGGUCUUGGCGCCGAAGGGCCGGACUCCCACAAUGCACCUUGUAUCAACACGGCACUGGUGGCGGCUUCGAGGAGGGGCAGGGAGCGCCCAGGGGACCGGCACGCAGCCCGAGGGUUAUCAGGCGGAGCCCGGGAGUUGAGGGGCGACUGGCAGCCAUGGCGGAGUCGGAGCCUACUCGGCACAGGAGGAAACGCCACUCCACUCCUUUGACUUCGUCCACAUUGCCCCCGCAAGAGACAGAGAAAAGCUCCUAUUUGCAGACCACAGAGAUCUCACUCUGGACAGUGGUGGCCGCCCUUCAGGCCGUGGAGAGGAAGAUGGAGGCCCAGGCCAUCCGGAUACAGAGCCUGGAGGGGCGGACCGGGACGGCUGAGAAGAAGCUGACUGACUGCGAGAAGACGGCUGUGGAGUUCGGCAACCAGCUGGAUGGCAAGUGGGCCGUGCUGGAGACGCUGCUGCAGGAGUACGGGCUGCUGCAGAGGCGGCUGGAGAACAUGGAGAACCUGCUGAGAAACAGAAACUUCUGGGUGCUGCGGCUGCCGCCUGACAGCAAGGGGGAGGCCCCCAAGGUGCCCAGGUCACUUGAAAAUGACGGAGGGUGUUUCUCAGAGCAGGAGUGGGAGAACCUGGAGGACUGGCAGAAGGAGCUCUACCGAAACGUGAUGAAGAGCAACUAAGAGGCCCUGGUCUCUCUGAAGGUUCUUGGCCCUCCAGAAGAAGCAGCGGACUUGGGUAGCGGGGUGCUGGGCCACCUGGAGGACGAAGGACCUGGUGAUGUGCACCCAGCCGAAGGGGUUAUGAUCAAGCAGGAGAUACAGUACACUCAGGAAAGCUCUGCGGAUCUUCCCGGAGAAUUCUCAGGCAUUGCGGAAGAGCACGCUUUCCUAAGCCCGGAGCAUACUGAACUCUGGGGUGGUCAGGGUAGUUCUGUCUUCUUGGAUUCGGGCCCUGGGGACACUAAUCUGGAGGACCCCAUCCAGGCCAGUAGAGACGCUGGUGGCAGCAGCGCUCUGGGCUGCCCCCCGAAGCAGGAGCCUGGUAGGCAGGUGCAGCUGGGUCCAGAGUGCGGCCAGGGCAUAAAGCUGAAAAGGGAUGCCUCCGGCCCCUAUGAGUGUUCCCAGUGUGGGAUCAGCUUCCGCUACAAGCAGCAGCUGGCCGCGCAUCUGCACACCCACUCGGAGUCGGGCGCGGCCUCGGAGCCGGAGGAGAGCCUUAGACCCCGGCCCCGACUUAAGCCGCAGUCCAAGAGGGCCAGGCUGCACCAGUGUGACGUGUGCAUGCGGAGCUUCAGCUGCAGGGUGAGCCUGGUGAUCCACCAGCGCUGCCACCUGCAGGACGGGCCCAGCGCCGGCCACUCCGUCCAGGAGAGGUUCUCGCCCAACAGCCUGGUCGCCCUGCCUGGCCACAUCCCCUGGAGGAAGAGCCGGAGCUCCCUCCUCUGUGGUUACUGCGGCAAGAGCUUCAGCCACCCGUCUGACCUGGUGCGGCACCAGCGCAUCCACACGGGCGAGCGGCCCUACAGCUGCUCGGAGUGUGAGAAGAGCUUCGUCCAGAAGCAGCACCUUCUGCAGCACCAGAAGAUCCACCAGCGGGAGCGGGGCGGGCUUGCCCUGGAGCCCGGAAGGCCCAAUGGCCUGCUUUAGGGGUGCCGGCCCCUCAUCUGGCGGGGGGGCGAAGGGGCUGGCACUGGUCCCCCCGAAGAGACCCUGUGCAGAGUCAGGGAUGGAUUUUUUUCCGAGGGGAGUCACGCUGAUUUGCCUUCCCUCGGCCAAGCCCCAGGCCGAGCCCAGACACCGUUCUGAAAACUGUGGAAGAGGAGGUGGGGGCCGAGCCUCGCCCUGCAGCCCCUCCCCUGCUGUGAAGCUUGCUGUCUCCGGCACCUUCACGUCUCUGGUUUUCUCAUCCGGGCUGACUCUCGUGGGCUGGGGUUGGCUCUCUGACCCUGUGAGGACCAGUGGCUGCUGCCAGGGUCUGGCCCAGCAUCUCAGGUCUUCCCAUGAGGUCGGGUCAGGUCAGUGGAGCGAGCAGGUGUGUGAAAGCAUUCUGGGAAGCAUAGAACCCUCUCUUUCCUCUUUUGUAGUCUCUUUGUUAAUAACAAGUAGAGGAAAUAAUUUAAAUGACAGCUUACCCUGUUCUGAAGAAACUUUUUUGGAAUUAGAUUUUAGUUGAUUAAAAAAAAAAAUACAGUCUGACCUUGUUUUCUAAAUUUCCAGCAUUGUAGAGGUUGUUCCUAAUAUGGGGACUGGGCCUACCCUCUAGGAGGGAUUUGUUUAUGGGGCUCUCCUAGCCCCCCCCACACUUUGUUAGGCCAGAGGUCAGGGGGCAGGGUGCAGGGCCCCCUCCAUGGGGGUCCUUGGCAGUCUCACAAGGGGCUCACUGAAUCCAGAGGAGGAGAGGGCAGGGGCAGACUCCCAAACCCCUGCUGAGAACAAAGAGUCCCUAGUGGAGCCAAGAGCACCCUGCUGCUCGCAAAUCCCGGUUUCUCACCAGAAUCUUCUUCCUCUUCCCACCUGGUCCUUGCUGGGUUCUGCAGCCACCCAGGGUAGAAGACUACUUCGUGACUUACGGUUGUCCGACUCGUUCCAGUGGGUAGUGGAGUUUGUUCUUACUACACCAGUUGUUUCUUGAGACUGUGUAGAUGACACGUUUUCCAAAUUAGUU